AAUAAUUUUCUUGGCUAUACAUGUUAAUAAACAUAGACACCAUUUUUGCAGAUUUUGAAAAUCUGGUCUGCUGAAUACAGCAGCAGUCCGAACAAUACUAAAGAUGAAGAAUCGAAAGGGGGCUGUUUAAAAGCUCUCUCUCUCUCUCUCACGCGCACACACACACACAUACAGACAAACACAUUUCCUUUUUUCUAUUUUGUCCAAGUUGUUGAGCCUGUAAGUAUACAGUUGUUGCUAAAACCAACCACUCCUCUCCCCUGGCCAGAUUGCCACUCCCUGUGUAUUUAAACUAGUACUGAUUCUUUCCUUUUUUCUUUUCCCCUCUCCUGGAUGGACAUCCAUGUAUUUCAGAAUCUGAUUGUAGUAGAUGAAAAUGACAAAAAGUUAAAAGAGCAUUAUGUUUAUAGGUUCAUCAAUCGAGAUGGCAUUGACUUUUCGGAUGCUCAAGGUAUGCAAGCCAUUCAGGAGUGGGAUUUGGCUGAAAAUUUGCAAGGAGUGUUGGAAUACCAGACAAGAUAUAUUAAAUUUCAAAGUGUGGCAAGUAUCACAUUGCAUUUUCCUGAGAAUUUUGGCUGUGAAACUACUCAGAUUCAUUAUAUUGGCCUAAAAGGUGAAGCUACCCAGUUGAACAGGGAUGUCGUUGUGACAAUUGUUUAUGAACUUAUGCCAAAUCCUUCAGACCACAAGGCACGGUCUGAAAGUGGUAGGGGUCUUUCACAUGUUGAAUAAAGAGUACCAGCUAUCUAUUACAUCAUUUACAUGCUUUCUUCUUGAGUGGAUUCUGUAUUCUGUACAUCUGUUCUUGAAAUGUUGUUGCAACCCUUUAUUUUGUGGCACCUCUUAUCAUCUUUUACUUAGCCAUACAUGCUAUAUUAUAGAAAAAAUACAUCUUUAUUAUUA